UGUAGAUGUUUGGUUGGUGUGGUGUUCGUCAUUUUACCUAAGAUAUGAACAUACCCUGAUAGUUAAUGUAAAUAUGUUUUAUAAUUCACACUAUAACACAAAAUAGGGAGUUUGCAGUCGAGAGAAUAAGUCAUGUUAUACUUGAAGACUUGUGCCUUGAGAAUCUUUUCACCUUCCUCUCUACGAGCCUCCUCUCGUGCACUACCGGAAAACGUGGUAUCCAAUAUGGCCGCGCCCUUGUGAAGUGACUUGAGUCUCUCAGACAAACAUCAAAGAAACUGAGCACAGUUCGAUUUUCAUGACGAGAGAUGAGAUUUCUUCCUUUCAAAAAGAUUUACUCCUGUUUGCGAGGCCACCCCACAACAUGGGCCAAACAUGCGUUACAGCAGAGGAGAAUGAUGUCAUCAAAGUGUGCCAGUGAAUAUCGUAUAUGUCGAACUGCAAAUAUUAGAACUAUAGUGUGUGCACCAUUAUCAAGUACAUGUCACCUAUCAAAUCAUGACGUAUAUCAGCAGCAAGUUCGUUACUUCUCUGCAGACACUUACAACAAAUUCUUUUCACCUGAAGUGCCGCCUAUAGGGUUUGCACAGAGUGUAUUAGAGAGCAUCCACACUUGGUCCGGACUCCCCUGGUGGGCCAGUAUUGCAAUAACAACCUUCACCUUGCGAGCAUGUGUGACCUUGCCCUUGGCCGUCUAUUGUGCACGAGUUCGAGCCCGAGUGGAGAAGUUACAGCCGGAGAUGUUGGCGGUGUCGAAGCAGUUGAAGCAGGAAGUUGGUGUGGCCAUGUCGAUGUACAAGUGGGAUGAGGCGAAGGCGAGACGGGAAUAUCAGAAGAAUAUGAAGAGGUUGAUUCAUGACAUCUAUGUGCGUGAGAACUGCCACCCACUCAAGGGUCAUGUGGUGCAGAUCGUGCAGCUGCCGGUGUGGCUGUGCAUGUCCUUUGCGCUGCGCAAUAUGAGUGGAUCCGUGCCAGCCAUCGGCCUCGAGUCUCCCGUCCUGUGUCCCGAGCUGAUGACAGAGGGGAUGCUCUGGUUCCCAGACCUCACCGUGCCCGACCCCACCUUCAUACUACCUCUGUCUGUCGGCCUCAUCAACCUCAUCAUGUUGGAGAUGCAGUUUAAGAUACAGACCCCAACAAGGCUGCAGAAGGUGGCCAAAAAUGUUUGGCGCGGAACAACUGUGAUCCUGGUUCCUAUAGCAGCCAUAGUUCCUUGUAGUAUGUGUUUCUACUGGGCCUGUUCCAGCCUCUUCACCUUCGCACAGUUCCUCCUCCUCCGACAUGCGCGUGUCAGGUCCGUGCUAGGAAUGCCAAAGUGACUACCUGCUCCGACACUCACAUUUGGACCACGGGUCAGGCUUAUCAAUAGAUGACUCCAGUCCAAUGUCAAGGACUUGUGAUCCUGACCAGGGGAGGUAACUCCCAUCAUUACUUAUCACAGUCAUGUUGCCCACAUGGAAGAGAAGCAGUGUCUGGAUACAUGUUGACUUACAUGAGUGUAAGAACUAAAGACAAGAUGUCAAUUUACCAUUGAAAUUGGGUUCACCAAGAUCUUUAAGACUUUAAUAAUAAUAAUAAUAAUUGAUUUGUAAAGCGCCUAAUAUCCAUCGACAGUUGCUCACUGGCGCUGUGACAAAGUUAAAAAGUAAUGUCUAUGUACAUAUGCCAACAAUCAGGAGAUCUAUUGAAAAGCUGAAGUGAAGAAGUGGGUUUUGAGGAGAGACUUAAACGUUUCCUUAGAAGCAGAGUUUCUCAGAUUCAAAGGCAAAGAGUUCCAUAACUGUGGACUGCAAAAGGAGAAGGCACGGUCAGACAUAGCAGAAGUAGACAGAGGCUGAUACAGUAGAGUUCCACCAGAGGAUCGGAGAGCACGCUCUGGAGAGUACAGGGAUAUAAGACACUGGUACUCAAUCCAUUUUUUCAGAGCUUUAGCCAUUACAAAGACAUGUGUCAUGAUGGUAAGAUGUUGUGAGAGGUGUCGCCAUUACAGGUGUCGCCAUAGGAGGUGUCAUCAGGGAAGGUGUUUUGUUGUGUGAAGCUGUGUGUGUCUGAGUGUGAUGACGUAUGACUGUGAUAUUCUAUGUGAUGAAAUAAAGUUGUACUCACU